AUGUCUAGACACGAGGAGUUCCGCUGGAUGACGUUGAGGAUAAAGAGGAUGGAUGACACCUGGAUAGAAGCAAUUAAGUCCCUGGCAGAGAAGCAGAAUUUGGAGAAACGGAAAAAGAAAAAGAUCCUCGUUCAUCUGGGCCUCUUAACAAAGGAAUCUGGUUUCAAGAUAGCUGAAAAUGCGUUCAGCGGAGGGCCGCUCGGCGAAUUAGUCCAAUGGAGUGACUUAAUUACAUCUCUUUACUUACUGGGCCAUGAUGUCAGGAUUUCAGCUUCAAUAGCUGAGCUGAAAGAGAUCAUGAAGAAGGUUGUGGGAAACAGAUCAGGCUGCCCUACCCAAGGUGAUAAAGUGGUGGAACUCAUCUAUAUCGAUAUUGUGGGACUGGCUCAGUUCAAGAAGACUCUCGGCCCUUCCUGGGUGCACUAUCAGUGUAUGCUGCGAGUUCUGGAUUCAUUUGGGACUGAACCGGAAUUUAAUCACGCCCAGUAUGCUCAAUCCAAAGGCCACAAAACACCUUGGGGAAAAUGGAAUCUGAACCCUCAACAGUUCUAUACCAUGUUUCCUCACACACCAGAUAACAGCUUCCUGGGGUUCGUGGUUGAGCAACAUCUGAAUGCCAGCGACAUCAGACACAUGAACGACAUCAAGCGGCAGAACCAGUCUCUUGUGUACGGCAAAGUGGAUAAUUUCUGGAAGGAUAAGAACACUUAUUUGGACAUCAUCCACACCUAUAUGGAGGUACAUGGUACUGUACAUGAGAAGGGUACGGUCCAUAUGCCCAAUUAUGUGAAGAAUCAUGGGAUCUUGAGUGGUCGAGACCUGCAGUUCCUGCUCCGGGAAACUAAACUCUUCGUUGGCCUUGGAUUCCCCUAUGAAGGGCCGGCUCCGUUGGAAGCCAUUGCAAAUGGCUGUUCUUUCCUCAACCCCAAAUUUGGUCCACCAAAAAGUAGUAGAAAUACGGAUUUCUUCAAAGGGAAACCAACUCUACGAGAGCUCACGUCUCAGCACCCGUACGCCGAAGUGUACAUUGGGAAGCCUCACGUCUGGACGGUGGACAUCAACAAUCCAGAAGAGGUUGAGAAGGCAGUGAAGGCCAUACUGAAUCAAAAGAAUGAACCUUACCUGCCCUACGAAUUCACAUGCGAGGGCAUGCUGCAGCGGGUGAACGCCUUCAUUGAGAAACAGGAUUUCUGUCAUGGACAAGUCAUGUGGCCUCCAUUAAGCGCCCUUCAAGUGAAACUUUCAGAAACUGGAAAGUCAUGUAAGCAAGUCUGCCAGGAGAAUCAGCUCAUCUGUGAACCGUCGUACUUCCAGCAUCUUAACAAAGACAAAGACUUGGCCAAGUUCAACAUUCACUGCCAGACCUCUGACACCGCAAAUGAUAUUGUGGUCCCGUCCAUCGAUGAGAACAAGAAGCAUUGCGUCUUUCAAGGCGAUCUCUUAUUAUUCAGCUGUGCAGGUUCCCACCCCCACCACAAGCGGGUCUGUCCAUGCAGGGACUACAUGAAAGGACAGGUUGCACUCUGCAAGGACUGCCUAUAG